AAGUAGCUCGCUGAACUGAUCCACCGCAGUGCCUGGGACAGACUGAGUGAAAGAGAGAGUGAGGGAUUUAGAGGAUGGGUAAAGGGGAUUAAGGAAAAACACAUCGAAUAGAGGGAGAGUUGAGAGAGAGAGAGAGAGAGAGAGCGAGAGAGAGACCAAAAUCCAGCAAGCCUCCCUGGUGUGAGGUUUCUUGGCUUUACUGACGUGUGCGCACGACUCUCGUGUCAGGAUGAGUUCCUGCAGCAGCCGCGCGUUGACCAUCCUGUCCACGGUGUUCGGAGCAUGCGGGCUGCUGCUGGUGGGGGUGGCCGUCUCCACAGACUACUGGCUCAUAAUGGUGGAGGGAAUCAUCCUGCAGCAGAACCAGAGCAUGGAGGUGAAGAUGGCGCUGCAUUCAGGCCUCUGGAGAGUUUGCUUUGUGGCUGGAUCGGAGAACGGGAGAUGUGUCGCAUCAGAGUAUUUCACCGAACCCGAAAUAGAGAUCACCACUGAAAACACCGCAAAUAUACUGAAGAUGGUGCGUACAGCCACACCCUUCCCCAUGGUGUCGCUGCUCUUCGUCUUCACCGCCUUUGUCAUCAGCAACAUCGGACACAUCCGGCCUCAGCGCACAAUCCUGGCCUUCGUGUCCGGCAUCUUCUUCAUCCUCUCAGGCCUCAGUCUGGUCGUGGGCCUGGUGCUCUACAUCUCCAGUAUUAACGACGAGGUGAUGAACCGGCCCCGGGAGCCCGAGCAGUUCUUCAAUUAUCACUAUGGCUGGUCCUUCGCGUUCGCUGCCUCUUCAUUCUUACUCAAAGAGGGGGCCGGUGUGAUGUCAGUCUAUCUGUUCAUGAAGCGUUAUGCAGAGGAAGAGAUGUACCGCCCCCACCCUGCGCUCUACCGCCCCCGCCUGUCGGAGAGCAGUGACUAUAGUGGCCAGUUCCUCCACCCGGAGUCCUCCUGGCCUCCGCCGAAGCGAGGCCGCAGCACGUCGGAGGCCUCCAGCGACAUCUCCAUCCAGCUCAACCAGACGCCGCCAGUGCCGUCCAAAGCCAACCUGCAGGCGGUGGGCCAGGGCAGCCCCCCCUCCGGCUCCUCCUCCGUGGGGAGCUACCCGAUGCCCCCGCAGUCCGCCGGCUAUCCCACGACACACACCCUGACCCGGUCGCACUCCUCACACCCCCAAGGCCAGGCGCUCCCCAUGGCCAUGCCGCCGUCGCCCGUACCUCCCCCUCACUAUCACACACACGUGCACAUGAGUGCCUCCCCCUGUUAGGGUGAGGGAGCCUCACAGUGGAAAGGAGAGACACGGACUCCUCAUAAUCAUAUGUUAUGUACAUUUAGACGCGGAUGGCAG